CCCUGUCCUACCUGUUCUGCAGCUGUAGUUAUCUCAUGUUCAGAGAACCGAUCAAGCUGGAGGUAAAAACCUUGUAUCAAGACGGAAAAUAACCCAUUCAAACUGUACCACGUUUAGGCAAUGAACAUCAUUCCAGAGAUUUCAGUGGUAACACAAGUCCAAAGGAUAACAGAUCCUCUUAUACAACGCAUCAUAGACAGGAAACCCAGGAACGUUAAUCAAAAGAAGUUUAGAGGUGGGAACAUAAAUGAACUGUACCCAUGCAAUGAGUGGAAUGAUGAUGUCACCCUCUUGAUUGCUGCUGUUGCAACAAGCAAUGUGGAGCUCUGUUCUUUCCUUUUGGAAGAGGGGGCUGACCCGAACCGAGUAUCAUCCAGAGAGUGGACACCUCUGCAUUAUGCCUCUAUGUACAAUGCUCCACUGGAGAUAGUAAGAAUACUACUCAAUGCAAAAGCCGAUCCAAAUGGUGGUAAUGUCAAUGGUCUUUCCAAUUUUACACCUUUUCAAAUGGCUGCAAAUUUUGACCAAGAGGAUAUUGGGCAGCUCCUCAUCACCGCUGGAGCAUUUGUGAAAGUGAUUAAUGGGUCUCUUCCAAAUGGUCAUACUAUUAAUACAAAUAUUACUAAAAUGAUAAAUAAUUUGGUAUCAGCUGGUGACCUAAUUAUUGAUGUUUCCAAAUUAAAGCAUCACUUAGACAUGGAAAUAGCAGUACAACAAAAAAAGCCAAGUGAGGUUUUUACUCUUUUCAACCAACAUUUGCUUGAAGAGAACCCUCAAACCCACUUGAAUAUGAUUGAUGUUUUGUUUGGCGUAAAUGGGCCUGAUAAUAUACCGAAGGAGUACCGAGAGAAAUGCAUGAUGUGGCUGAAAGAAUCUGACAAGCUAGACUUUUAUAUUGAGAAUACAAUCAAACGUUUUGGCUCAAUUCCUAAAGAACAUUCAAAAUUCAGUGUAGUCAGAGUUCUUGAUACAGCUUUCCGCACCAUGGAAGAGAUUCCAUUUGGUGUUGCAGUUAAGAUGGUCCAACUACUUCUCAAACUUCUCUCCACAAAGAUUCAAAAUUAUCAACUACUUGUUCUGAGAGUACUGUAUGUGAUCACCCAGAAGACAGUAGUUAAAAAGGGCUGGGAUUCAUGUCUCCUGAACAAGUUAGGCAACAAUAUAUCCCCAUUUGUGAAGUCAGAAGACUCAGACAUUAAGACACAUGCCUUAUGCAUAUUUGCAAACUUGCUUUCAUUUGAAUGCAACAUUUCAUCAUUUGGAAUAAGUUCAGUGCCAAAGGAACUUCUCACAUGUGCAGGAAUGGCGAUGGAUGGAACACUUAAAGACAAAUUGAAAGAGCUGUGCGAAUACUUCAGCCAAUCAUCUGUCACAGAUUCAACACACCCAAGUGAAGAUUCAAAUGCUCAUCAAUCACAACCAAAAAAGAAGAAAAAAAAGAACAAGAAAAAGAACAAAAAGUCACAAAUCCAGGAGAUGAAAGACGAAGACAACGCUGUCUGUUCCACCUCCUCUACUCCUGUUGAAGAAUCUGGUCUUUCAAGUCAGAGUACUGUGCGAUUUCACUCCACCGAAACACCACAACCACGGAAGUGGGUUGAAAUCAGCAAGCGAUGGAGGCCCAAGUUGGAGAAACUAGCUCACAUGGAUGACAGGCAAGUCACUAAAGUAGGUAACCUUACGUAUGUGAAUACUGGAGAAUAUCGCAUAGCAAAAGGAAGUGAUUGUACAGAGGUGUUUCUGGGCCUCAGGGAUGAUGGCACGGAAGUAGCUGUUAAGAGAAUGUCCAAGUCAAACUAUGAAGCUCUUAAGAAUGAGAAAGGAUUCUUACAUCUUCCACAUUUGGACCAUCCCUGUAUUGUCAGAUAUGUAGACUUUGAAGAAGAUAUAAACUUUGGUUAUCUUAUUCUUCAACUUUGUGAACGUACCUUGGACGAAUACAUCAAGGAUGACAUUUCAAACAAACAACCCAAUGUACUGGGGAAAUUUGCACAUGAGUUACUCUGUAGUCUAGAAGUGCUUCAUUGUCACACUCUACCGCAUAUUCUACAUCGGGAUAUUAAGCCACAGAACGUUUUGAUAGACAUCACAGACAAAGCUAGAUUGUCAGACUUUGGGAUAAGUCGAAGUUUACCAAAAGGACAAACAACACUUUGCACGAGCAGUGCAGGAACAAAGUGCUGGAAGGCCAGAGAAACUUUAGAUGACAGCUACAACACAGCAUAUAAGAAGAGUACUGAUAUCCAGGUGGCUGGGAUGUUGAUUUAUUACAUCCUGUCAGGUGGACAUCACCCAUUUGGAGAUGGUUUCCAUUGUGAGUAUAACAUUUAUGAAGGAAAGUACAAUCUGGAGCACGUUGACGACAGGGUGGCAAAAGACCUCAUUGAGUGGAUGAUCAAUAAGGAGCCAAAGCAGCGACCCACAGUGGAAGAAGCCUUGGCUCAUCCCUUCUUUUGGGACGAAGACAAGAGGGUAGAUUACCUGAAAUGGGUCGGAAACCAGCAGGAGGCAGUAAAAUGUCGUGAUGCAGAUCCUAAACUUCUUGAAGACAUGUCCCAAUGUGCUGAAGGCCGGUCCUUCAGUGAGUGGAAGACUAAGCUGCCCACUGAGUUGGUGAAGAAGCUGGAUGGCAAUAAGAAACCCUACCCUGAGAAUAUGCUGGGAUUGUUACGUUUCAUACGUGUUCUCUUGGAACACUACUCUGAGGAUCCAGUCACUGGUGACCUAAUCCAGAUAUUCCCUGAUCUGUUUGGAUGUGUAUAUGUCUUUGCCAAAAGAUAUUGUUGGAACUCAAGGCCGUCCCUAAGAAAAAUGUUCAAAAGAAAAGAUUCUGGUGCCAGUGCUGCAACCUGUUCAUCACCCUUUGAGUCCAAGUCGAGUUAUACAGUCCCAGUGCAGGAGUCCAAGGCUCCGGAGAAGGAGUCUGAGUCCAAGGCCCCAGAGAAGGAGUCUGGGUUCAAGGCUCCAGAGAAGGAGUCUGGUUGUAAGAACCCAGAGCAGGAGCCUGGGUUUAAGAACCCAGAGAAGGAGUAUAUGUUUAGGAACAGAACUGUUUAGGAGCCAGAUAAGUCAAUAAAUCACUGAUGAGUAAAGAAAAUCCACCUCAAGGAUUUUUAAGUACAACAACCGCAAGGUGCCAACAUUUCAUCACCUCCAAACAUACAUCAGGAAACUAUUAGUUUUUUUAAUGACUUUUAUGCUUUUCUCUGAACACACUUCUACUGCAGGAAACACAAUAUUCACAAUAUAAAUGGGGUUAAACUGUACUGUAUGGGGUAAAUUAGGUAUUUCAUCAGAUGAGUGAAAAGGGUAGAUUGGUAUUUGGGUCCAGCUGGUGACCCAGAGCGAAAUAUGUUUUGUUGUUGUUGAUAAUUGUCUACACUAUGCCGUAACUUCUUUAUUAGUCUAUCACACUACAAAGACCAACAUUGAAACUUCAAACGUGAAUGUAUAAAAUGCUGUAUUUGAGAUGUUGCUCUGUUAAAAACAAACUGUAAAAACAACCUGUUCCAUGGCACAUAUCAAUAAUAAUACUGUUAGAACCGUG